AUGGAAGCCCUGUCCUCUCCAGUCAGCAUCACCUCUUCCACUCCAACCGCCCCAUCUUCAGCUUCAAAGGUCACUUACACUACAGCUGGCACCCCGUACAACCCCAGUACUUCUCAGCCACUGCAACCACCAGCUCGUCGAGGCCGCUCCCUUAAGUGGCCCGCCGGUCUUCCUGCGGCGGGACUAUCUCUCCUGCCCAAGUCUGUCCUUGCAACGCUGCCUAUUAAGACUGGGACUCGAUCUUCUUCCCUUCAACAGUACAAUCCGCAGACGCAAUACGACGGACCGUCUACUCCUAUGCCCGACACCGACCACGGAUGUGUCAACAUGUCUGCGCAAGUUCACCGAGUCGGAUCUUCAGCAACCCCAUCACCGCUUGCCUCCCUCUUUUCAGAGACUGAACAAGAAGUAUUCACGGAUGUUGACCCAAGUGAGGAAAGCGACGAUGAUUGCGAGCUUGGCAUGGAUCCGCUGCUGAAUAUGACAGUGAAGUCUCUUCACAACUUGGCUUCUUACCCGAAUCCUAACCAGAAGCGAGCUCAGAAGGCCCUUCUUCGAGGAAUCAAGCCGGCCCUGGGCUUGAAGUCAACAACGCGUAGCGAUGAACCAUUUACCCCAGCCAGCUGCUCUGCUGGUUUUCCUCAGGCAUUCAAGUACAACACUGAUCCACCCAGCAUCUUACAUACUCCUCGAAAAGAGACUCAAGUCCUUGGGAGGUCUGCUGAACAUGGGAUUUGGACCAGCCACGACGACAAGCUGCCCGGUCUCCCGCAUGUGGCCCUGGAGAGCUUUGAUCACGCAGUUGGAAGUAAUCCCAACCUUAUUCCCAACAAACUUGGAUCGGCCACGCGUACUGUCUCGUCGGGCGCGCCACUGCCACUGACUGCUGGACCUCCUGGUCAGCGACAGUACCGCCCAUCUACCUUUGAAUCCACCUUCAAGGCACUGCACACUAACAACUCCGCCCAGGAUUCCAGUCAGGAAGAAGAAGAAGACGAUGUUCUUGUUAUCACCCGGCAGACUCUACAACAAGCAGGCACCAACAUCAUGGGCCCAGUGCAGAAGUCAAACCCCUUCGAGACGAUGCCUUCAUCGAUGCCCAAGACUCCUCUGCCCGUGCCCGCAACAGCCGUAGACUUCACCGAGAACUCGGGUGUCAGCAAGGAAAAUGCUCGAGUCAGUGCUUUCACCAGCUACACAACCGAGAAAACAAUGCAACCUUCACACAUGGCGUCCUCUUGGUCCUGGGGGCCUACUCUGACAUCUGAUUGCUGGGCGUCAUCAGGCGAGAACAGUCGGAUCCGAUAUACACGAGGACCUCGACUCCGGAAUGCAGAAGAUAUUGAGGCUCGCAAUGAAGUGGUUAACCGCGCUUGGUACAGUGGAGCUGACUUCCUCCUGGCUUCACCUGAUCAGAUUGCCAUGCAACUCCAGCCACCCAAGGGGAAGGGCGAAUUUGGCGCAAUAGGAGAUGGGCGUCCUUCCAAGAAAGGCGACUUUCACCACCCGAUGAGCAUCGACGAUGCCAAUCGCAUGACAGUGGCUGAACAUGCUCGUCCAUUGUUCAACAUGGCACAUGUGAACGUACAGCGGUUUAUGGAAGAGGAACGGCAGAACUGCGACGGGGGCCGUACUCCAGCAGCUCAAGCUGUCAAGUACUGA